AUGUUAUAUACUCACGCAACGAUCAUCACGGUUGAUGUAGCUCGACAUAUUAUUGAAGACGGCGCCAUCUAUGUCGAUAAGGACACUAUUGCGGAUAUUGGCAAAACCGAUUGUCUACUUCCAAGAUACCCACUUGAAAGGCAGUAUAGUCUUAAUGGAUGCAUUGUGAUUCCAGGAUUGGUUUCCACGCACAUCCAUACCGUCCAAGCAAUACUACGGGGCACAGCUGAUGGUCUACAUAAAGAGGCGUGGCUCUCGGAACAAAUCCAACCCCUCCAGAACAGCAUGACCGAGGGAGAGGCCCGGGCAUCUGUGAAAUUGGCCGUCGCGGAGAUGCUGAAGUCCGGGACUACUUGUUUCUUGGAAUGUCUAUUCUUCCCCCGCCAUGGAUUCGAUGGACUAUGUCAGACUGUGCAGGACAGUGGCAUUCGAGCCUGCCUCGGCCGCAUUUCGGUGGAAGGUCACCUGCCCGGCGGACAGAUCCCGCCUGGUGAUGGAAUGCUUCCAGAGAGCUUGAAGUCAUGGCAGAAAUGGAACGGAGUCGCAAAUGACCGCAUCCGAUUGAGCACUGCUGCACAUUCAUACGGCAUCCCAGUGACUAUGCAUCUUGCCGAAAGUAAGGGCGAUGCCGAUUAUUUCUCCUCUUUAGGCCACACCGCUGGAUCGUACGCUCAGGCAGUCGGCCUGUUGUCCCCGUCGACUGUCUUUGCUCACGCGGUAUAUAUCAAUGAGACUUCUGACGUCCCUUUGCUUUCGUCGUCUGGGGUUCACAUCUCUCACUGCCCGACGUCAAACUCCAAAUUUGCUUCGGGGAUUUGCCCAGUCCCCGAUUUACUCGCGGCAGGGCUCAAUGUCAGUCUUGGGACUGAUGGCGAUGCCUGCAAUAAUACGUCCGACAUGUUCCAGGAAAUGAGAUGGACUGCUAUGGUGCAUAACACACCAGGUGACGCUGCUAGGAUCACUGCAGAAACAGUACUGGAGAUGGCCACAAUCAAUGGGGCCAAAGCGUUGGGGUUACAUCAUCUCAUUGGCAGUCUAGAGAUCGGAAAAAGAGCAGACUUCGUGGCUCUCAAUGUACAGAAGACCACAUUACAGCCAUGUGUGAACCCCGUCAGCAACGUUGUAUAUGCGGCGACGGGGCGAGAUGUGCAUGUGGUAGUUGUUGAUGGUCGUAUAGUGGUGGAGGGCGGGAAGCUACUGACUAUGGACGAAGAGGAAAUCAUUAAUGCUGCAAACCAAGCAAUAGGUGGGUUAUUGCAGAGGACUGGAUUACAGGACAAAGUUAAGAGUUAUUGGCCCACGAGGUAG